AUGGCAGCAGCAGUCAAGGAUCUGAAGAUCACCAUUGUCGGCGCCGGCAUGGGCGGCCUGUCAUCCGCUUUGGCCCUCGCCAAAGAGGGAUUUAAGAGCAUUGACGUCUAUGAAUAUGCCGCUGACUUGGGAUUCGUCGGCGCUGGCAUCCAGCUGGCCCCUAACAUGGCCCGCGUCCUCGACAGGCUCGGUGUGUGGGAGCCAAUUGCCAGGGAGGCCACAAACAUUAAAGACACCAGCAUCCGACAGGGCUCGACUGACGAGGAAUUGGCUCACGUGGAUCUGGGGUACGUGAAAGAGCAAUACGAUUAUCCGCACAUGGUGGGGCACCGCUUCUCCCUCGCCAACUACCUGUACGAGGGCUGCAAGAAGGAAAGCGCCAUCAAAUUCCACUUCAACACCCCGAUCAAGUCCAUUGAGUCUUUCGGCCCCAAACCCGUCGUUUUUGCUGCUCCUCGCGAUGGCUCCGAGCCACUCAGGGUGGAACCCGAUAUUCUGUUGGCGUGCGAUGGAAUCAAGAGCAACAUCCGCGUGGAGAUGCUUAAGCUUCUCAACGUCGAUGCCAAGGUCAUCGACACCAACCAGGCUGCCUACCGUAUCAUGAUCCACCGUGAUCAGAUUAAAGAUGACCCCGAACUCCUUGCUCUCCUCGACGGCGACACUGUCACCCGUUGGAUCGGUCCCAAGAGACACAUUAUCGCCUACCCCGUUGACAACAAGAACAUCUACAACCUUUCCACCACCCAACCAGACACCCACUUUGCCGCCGCCCUAGAUGCUACAUAUACCACCAAAGGGUCAAAGGAGACUAUGCUUGGUGUAUUUGGAGAUUUCUGCCCCAAGGUCCAGCGUAUGCUGAAUUAUGUUCCCGAAGGCGAGGUUUGCGAGUGGAAACUCCGCGUCCACGCACCACUGCCUACCUGGGUGCAUAAGAGUGUAGCCUUGGUUGGAGACGCCUGCCACCCAACACUGCCGCACUUAGCUCAGGGUGCUGCCCAGGCUAUUGAGGAUGCUGCCGCUAUCGCUGCUUCACUUAUCCGCCUACCAGACACAACCCCUGAAUCUAUCAACAAGGGUCUUCGCGUGUACGAGGCGAUCCGCAAAGACCGUGCUUACGCUCUAGUUGAGACUGCUGCUGCUUCUGGCCGCACCCUGCAUUUAGGUGAAGGUGCUGCACAGGAAGAGCGGAACAAGCAGUUUGCUGCCUUAAAGGCGGGUACUGGCAAAGUUCCUGAUAAGUGGGCUGAUGCAGAUGUGCAGAAGAUUCUCUACUCGUUUGAUCCCACCAAGGAAACUGAAAUUCACUUUGAUGAGAUUUUCAACAGUCUUGCGCCAGAGGAUAUCCCUGUUAAUGGCAAGGUUAACGGGGCCAACGGCCACCUCUGA